GAGGUUAGACCCGAAGUCCCGGGAGGAGCCGGCCGGCGGCCACGUGACCGACCGCGGCGGGGCCGGCGGCCCAGAAAUAGCAGCGGCGGCGGUCCCGCCCGCGGGCUGCCGCGAGCGAAAGGCGGAGACUGGAGGACGCAGGCUGGGCGCGGGCGCGGCGCGGCCCCGGCCCCGGAGGAUGCUGAGCCCCUGCCCGGUCCGGCCCCGAGCACAUGAUGGCGAUACGGGAGCUCAAAGUGUGUCUUCUCGGGGACACCGGGGUUGGGAAAUCAAGCAUUGUGUGUCGAUUUGUACAGGAUCACUUUGACCACAACAUCAGCCCGACCAUUGGGGCAUCUUUUAUGACCAAAACUGUGCCUUGUGGAAAUGAGCUUCAUAAGUUCCUCAUCUGGGACACUGCUGGGCAGGAACGGCCACGGGAAAUACAGGCCCGGCUCCAAGUGGCGCCGGCUAGGAGCCGACAGAACACAGGAUCCGAUUCGACAACACACAGAAUCUGCUCCUCACCCACUGCCGGAGGGAAACUGCUUCACUCUAUUGCACCUUUUCCUGCACCCACUCACUCGAGAACGAUUUUUUGUAGGAAUUCACCUGCAGUGGAAGAGGUUUCAUUCACUGGCUCCCAUGUACUAUCGUGGAUCCGCUGCAGCUGUCAUAGUAUAUGAUAUUACCAAACAGGAUUCAUUUCAUACCCUGAAGAAAUGGGUGAAAGAGCUGAAGGAGCAUGGUCCAGAAAACAUUGUAAUGGCUAUUGCUGGAAACAAGUGUGAUCUCUCAGACAUUAGGGAAGUUCCCCUGAAGGACGCUAAGGAAUAUGCCGAAUCCAUAGGUGCCGUCGUGGUUGAAACAAGUGCAAAAAAUGCUAUUAAUAUCGAAGAGCUCUUUCAAGGAAUCAAAUGGGGUAUCGCUGACUUGUAUGCUCCUCAAAGCAGUGUUCCAGAGACAAACGUGCCUGGGAGAAAGGAUACAGUAAAAGUGGUGAGAGUAAAAGCCCUUUAAGAAGGUCGCCAGAUCCCACCCUUGGACCCCCAUGAAAAUGGAAACAAUGGAGCCAUCAAACUUGGGAAGCCAGCCACGCAAGCCAGCCGGCGGUGCUGCUGACCCGUGGGCCAUGGUCCACAGUACUUGAAGAAGCCAGAGCCGACCUCCCAUUCUCGGCAGCCUGGCACCCCACAUAGGGAGAAGUGGGAUGCUGGCUUGGCAUCCUAGAAGACCUGCAGGGGUGGGGCAGGAACUGUCCCUGGGAAAGGCUUCUAGAAAAAUCCGCCACACUGCCACAAAAUGGCCUUUGGUGCAUGAAAUGCAAACGGGAGGGAACAGGUGUUAGGUCACGAGUACAACUGAUUUGGUAUUGUUGUUGUUGUUGUUAAAAACCUUAAAAUAUUCUUAAAUUUGUACAGCAGCCACAUCGGCUUAAUAUGUGUGAGAGUCCAAAGUGGUGAUCCAUUCUGAUUUCCUGUGCUCCCCAGCCCCAUUUCAUUAAGUUCUUCAGUGCCAUUGCCUCUGUUUCCUGACCAGCCUUCACUGAAAGGUUCAUUUAAUUUAAUUUAAUUUAAUUUAAUUUACCUUUCAAUGGAGUGUAAUUGGCCCAUCACUCAAGCUACAGACUUGAGCCAUGAUGAAAGUGGAGAAAGAUGCAUUAGAAACUGUUGUCUACAUCUCUUUUACUUGGUGCCCGUUUUCCUUCAGUCAUAUAUAAACACACCGAAUCUGCCUAAGAUAUCGCAUGCAAUUUUGGGAGUGGGAGGCCUAGUUUGAAAGAAUCAUUUAAGUAGUUACCGUGUAAGCGGUGACAGAUGUAGGAUAUAAAUAUUUUUCCAGAGACUGUCUGGUAUGAUCGUCUCCACAGUAAUAAACGCCUACCCUCUUAGGGAAGGUUAAUGCACAGACUAUGAUUUUACUAAGACAGUAUGUCACGGCGUCAUAUCUAGGGGGCAAAUUAACCAGGGGAUGUUCGAGUCUAGGUCUUAGGGCACACCCCGAAUAAUAUCAAUUAAUAGGUUACAGGAAAGCCAGCCAGAGGGAGCACCAGCACCUUAAGAUUCUAGACCCCCGGCAUUACAGAAUUGGAGAAAGCGUUCUAGAAGAUGCCAGGCUUGGGCAGGUGGGCGCUAGGGCUACCCGGAGGUCCCACCCUGGAAUGCUAAUUAGCCGACGGUAGGCUUUCAUAAAACCUUCCCUUCUAGAUGCCCUGUCUGCUCAAUUAAUUAAAGAUGCCUGAAUCCGAUGGAAGGAAAGGGAGAGAAGGCAUGGAAAGGAAGAAAAGCUAUUUCCAUUGGAAAUCCAAAUCUUAUUACCAUUCGGACGUCCAUCAAUAUCUGGGAUCAAGAAGCCCUUGGCUUCCUAUUAGGGCUUAUAUUGGAGGGAAAUUCUUAAAGGAUGUUUGGAUCCAUGCCUUGCGUGGGGGUAAUCAGGCAGCCUGGUAACAGGGCUGGCUGGUUCCCUUUUUUGGUAGGAACAUUCAAGACCCAGCAAACUUUAGUAGAAAACCUAUAAUGUAAGAACCAGGAGAGAGAUUGUGAGCGGACAGAAGACCUCAAACUCCCAGGAACCCAGUGCGAGCUGCUGCUUCCGAGUCCUGCCGUGGCUGUGCCCACCCUGCUCUAGACAGGUUAGAGGUGCUGAGAUCACCGCCAACAAAAAGCGAGAGUCGCUGAGAGACGGCGGCCAAGCUGACGCUAAUUUAUGAGGACUGCAAUCAAGGAAACAGGCGGAAAUCGCAGACUGAGGUGUUCUGCUUUGUUUUUAACUCAAGAACAUGCUGUCGGUCGGAUAGCGUCAACUGUCGCACCCCGAUGGCAAAGAGUAGCGUGACCGUCUUAGGAUGUGCAGGCUGGAGAAACUUACUUUUGGUUCAAGAGGGCCUCUUAGCUCUCCCAGACAGGCACCUCAAAAACUGCUAGCAAGUGGCACUGGGAUGCCUCAGCAGGGCCCCUGCUGGGCUUUUUAGAGUUUUCUCCACAUUGUCAACUCCGAGUGACUGUCGCGCCCCUUUUGAAAGUUAAACAACUGGGGCUGCAGACGGAACGACCCCUUUCCAGGUGGCACGCGGGCUUGUCGUGGAGCCUUUCCUCAUCCAGCGGUCCCUGAGAACCUGGGUCUGUCUCUAGACAGCUGUUCUGGUGGCCCAGCUAAGGUGCUAACACCUCCCAGUGGGGUUCACAGCCUUGGUCUGGGCCUUCGGCGGUUGCAGCUUGCAUGAAAAUAGCUGAUGUUAAUCACAUGCAGCGAGCGAGCAACCCACGUAUGAGCCCGGGGUUUUCUUCCAGAAGCACAUCGAGGGUGUGAACCACUCCUUUACCUUUCUGCACCGCCUUAACUAUUCAGGCCAGUCAGAUGGCAAUAGAUACAUAAUCAGUACUCCAAGCGGUUGGUGAAGAGAGUACACGGCACUUGGGCACAAGCAUUCAUGCCAACACGGAGUCUUCUCUGAAGACAGACGCUCGCGCUUUGUCCACAGCGAAGCUUCCCGACUUUCUUUCUUUGGCCUCGCGAUCACGUUCUGGCUGUUCUGAUAGUUGAAUUAUGACCACGUGAUAUUACGUAAAGGCCCAAAACGCCAAGAAGUUUCACGUGAUGGAAACCCUUCACAGAAUUUUCCAAACUUUGCUUUUCUCCUUCCGUUUUCUUUCCUUUCACGGGCGUGUAUAUGUGUAAAUAUGAUUUUGUAUUUGUUACCACCGACACGUAAUCCAUUUCACCGGCUGGGCCUGGCUCGUGCCUAUGUGUUGUACCGUGUAGGCACGGGUUCUCACGGGGGUUAUUUCCCCGUGGGCUCCCCCACGAUGGCGCUGGAGUCAUGCAAACGUUUAAUGUAGGUACAUAAUUGACUUGCCAUUUUACGGUUGAAAUGGUACAUCAGGGUGCCGAAUGGGACGUUACCUUGCAGACGAGAGAGGGUUGAAGGCCUAAAACUAACUUCUAGCCAACGAAAGGGCUGUGCCCCCAGUGAGCCCUGAAUUCAUUUUCUGAGGGAGGUUUGGAUGACAGAAAUCUUUCCUUUCAGAUCAAGGAGUGUAGCAUAUGGUGGCUGAAGCCGAGCCCCUCCGGCGGGACGCCACCUUGCUCUGCAGUGCUCACAGCGGGCUGAAUUACAAGCCAGCUUGUAAACGAAAGGGCUCGGAGCUGUAUUCAGACCCAUUUGGUGUCUAGGGCGCUCUUUCAACCGCCAUCGUUGAAAGCAGACCCAGUGAUCCAGUGUCAGUGUAAACCGUUCCUUUUUCUCGUGUUUUUAUAAAGGGCUUCUGUCUGGGCUGGACCCAGUUCUCACAUAUAGAAGACACUGCGGCAGACGAUUAGGGUCUCUCCACCUUGUAUUCUAUAGUAAGCCAUUGCCCUCAACAUCGCCCAACUGUAUCUGUUAUUUUGAGUUUAACAAACACUGAUUCAUACUAAUAAAUAUUGUAAGUUUUACCA